GCGAGCGUGAGUGUGUGUGCGCCCCGGGCGCGGGCUGGGCAGCACUCUGACCGCGGCGGCAGCGGCGGGAGCCGGGCGGCCGCGUCGUCACUCGGGCGAGAGCGGCGGCCGGGCCGGGCCGGGCCGGGGCCGGGGCCGGGGCUGGGGCAGCGGCGGCCGCGCCGGGCAUGGAGCUGGCAAGCCCGCGCUGAGGCAGGACGCGCCUGCAAGCAGCGAGCGAGAGGCUCUCCGCCGUCCGGCGCGCGGGCUCCCCGGCCGGGGCCAGGCAAACUUUUCUUUCUCUUUUGCCCUCUCCAGAGGCGCCUUCUGCGGCGGGCGGACCGACUCCUCGGCGCGGCGGGGCCGGGGCAGGCUGGACGCAGCAUGAUGCGCGCAGUGUGGGAGGCGCUGGCGGCGCUGGCGGCGGUGGCGUGCCUGGUGGGCGCGGUGCGCGGCGGGCCCGGGCUCAGCAUGUUCGCGGGCCAGGCGGCGCAGCCCGACCCCUGCUCGGACGAGAACGGCCACCCGCGCCGCUGCAUCCCGGACUUUGUCAACGCGGCCUUCGGCAAGGACGUGCGCGUGUCCAGCACCUGCGGCCGGCCGCCGGCGCGCUACUGCGUGGUGAGCGAGCGCGGCGAGGAGCGGCUGCGCUCUUGCCACCUCUGCAACGCGUCCGACCCCAAGAAGGCGCACCCGCCCGCCUUCCUCACCGAUCUCAACAACCCGCACAACCUGACGUGCUGGCAGUCCGAGAACUACCUGCAGUUCCCGCACAACGUCACGCUCACGCUGUCGCUCGGCAAGAAGUUCGAGGUGACCUACGUGAGCCUGCAGUUCUGCUCGCCACGGCCCGAGUCCAUGGCCAUCUACAAGUCCAUGGACUACGGGCGCACGUGGGUGCCUUUCCAGUUCUACUCCACGCAGUGCCGCAAGAUGUACAACCGGCCGCACCGCGCGCCCAUCACCAAGCAGAACGAGCAGGAGGCCGUGUGCACCGACUCGCACACCGACAUGCGCCCGCUCUCGGGCGGCCUCAUCGCCUUCAGCACGCUGGACGGGCGGCCCUCGGCGCACGACUUCGACAACUCGCCGGUGCUGCAGGACUGGGUCACGGCCACCGACAUCCGCGUGGCCUUCAGCCGCCUGCACACGUUCGGCGACGAGAACGAGGACGACUCGGAGCUGGCGCGCGACUCGUACUUCUACGCCGUGUCCGACCUGCAGGUGGGUGGCCGCUGCAAGUGCAACGGCCACGCGGCCCGCUGCGUGCGCGACCGUGACGACAGCCUGGUGUGCGACUGCAGGCACAACACCGCCGGCCCGGAGUGCGACCGCUGCAAGCCCUUCCACUACGACCGGCCCUGGCAGCGUGCCACCGCCCGCGAGGCCAACGAGUGCGUGGCCUGCAACUGCAACCUGCACGCGCGGCGCUGCCGCUUCAACAUGGAGCUCUACAAGCUGUCGGGGCGCAAGAGCGGGGGCGUCUGCCUCAACUGCCGCCACAACACGGCCGGCCGCCACUGCCACUACUGCAAGGAGGGCUACUACCGCGACAUGGGCAAGCCCAUCACCCACCGGAAGGCCUGCAAAGCCUGUGAUUGCCACCCCGUGGGCGCCGCUGGCAAAACCUGUAACCAGACCACCGGCCAGUGUCCCUGCAAGGACGGCGUGACAGGCAUCACCUGCAACCGCUGUGCCAAAGGCUACCAACAGAGCCGCUCUCCCAUUGCCCCCUGCAUAAAGAUCCCGGUGGCACCGCCAACCACCGCAGCCAGCAGUGUGGAGGAGCCGGAAGACUGCGAUUCCUACUGCAAGGCCUCCAAAGGGAAGCUGAAGAUUAACAUGAAAAAGUACUGCAAGAAGGACUACGCCGUCCAGAUCCACAUCCUGAAGGCGGACAAGGCGGGGGACUGGUGGAAGUUCACGGUGAACAUCAUCUCCGUGUACAAGCAGGGCACGAGCCGCAUCCGCCGCGGUGACCAGAGCCUGUGGAUCCGCUCGCGGGACAUCGCCUGCAAGUGCCCCAAAAUCAAGCCCCUCAAGAAGUACCUGCUGCUGGGCAACGCGGAGGACUCGCCCGACCAGAGCGGCAUCGUGGCCGACAAGAGCAGCCUGGUGAUCCAGUGGCGGGACACGUGGGCGCGGCGGCUGCGCAAGUUCCAGCAGCGCGAGAAGAAGGGCAAGUGCAAGAAGGCCUAGCGCGGAGGCGGCGGCGCGCCG